CAACAGACGCCAUUACCGGUCCAUCCCAGAGCCCACACCCAGCCACCUGUCAUCUGGCCGGGAGCCCGCCUCCGGCCACCCACAUCGUCCACAAUGGGAAAGUUCCCAGGAGCCCUCUGGCGCCCCCGCCCCCGCCCCCGCCCCCGCAGAUUCCUGCCCCGUAGACGCUUUGCCCCAGCUGCCAUUCCCUGGGUCGGGGAGUGGCCUGCCCUGCUGCCCACAUCGCCCUCACAGGAGCGUCAGAACUACCGCCCCGAGUGCGAAGCCGCAAUCAACAACCACGCCACCCUGGAGUUUCACGCCUCCUUCCAGUGCCUGGCCGUGGCUUUCUACCUCAACCAUGAUGACGUGGGCUUGAAGCAUUUCUCCAACUUCUUCCUGCUCCGCUCCAACGAGCACAGCAAGACAGCCGAAAACCUGAUGUUGCUGCAGAUCCAGCGUGGGGGCCGCAUCUGCUUCCUCGACAUCAGAAAGCCUGAGACCCAACAGUGGAAGAGCGGACUCCAGGCCAUGCUAGACACCCUGCACCUGGAGAAGUACGUCAACCAGAGCCUGCUCGACCUGCACAAGCUGGCCACCGACAGCAGCGACGCCCAUCUGUGCAACUUCCUGGGGACCGGCUACCUGGACCAGCAGGUCAAGUUCAUCAAGGAGCUGGGGGACCAUGUCAGCAACCUGAGCAACGUGGGGUCCGCGGAAGGCAGCCUGGAAGACUACGCCCUUGACAAGCUCACCGUGGGUGACAGUGACAAGGAGGACUGAACCUGGACUGGACUUUCCCCCGAGACCUGGGUGACAGCCCAAGGUCACCCUGCCUGCCAUGCAGACUGCAGUAUUGCUCUUGCAGAAUAACUUCACAGAAUAAGAUCACUUAAGUUUUCCU